AGCCGCCAUAUUGUUUCUGUUUCUAUACCGGCGUUCUCCUUGGAUGUUCUAUUUAUUCCUUGCAUUUUUCUCCCCGUCGUCCGUUCGCCGUCUGUAGCCGCCGUUCUUCUAUGUACCCUGAGCUGUGUAAACCCUAAACAGCAACGAUGGCCACCCGCAACUGGAAUCUGGAGUGCAAGGUAUAUGUUGGAAAUCUUGGCAACAGUGCUGCCAAGAAUGAGAUUGAAGAUGCCUUCAGCAAGUACGGGAAUCUGCGCAACGUGUGGAUUGCGCGCAACCCUCCCGGCUUUGCAUUUGUGGAGUUUGAGGACCCACGGGAUGCUGAGGACGCAGUGCGAGGACUGGACGGAACUCGGCUGUGCGGCGAGCGGGUCCGUGUGGAGAUGUCUUCCGGCAAGAGCCGCAGCCGCGGCGGUAUGCGCGGCGGCGGCGGCGGCUACGGCGGUGGUGGUUUCGGUGGCAGGAGGUCGCCGGGCCGUCGCUCCAUCUCGCCGCGGCGCCGGUCACGCAGCCGCAGCCCGCGUGGUUCGCCCGUCUACGACCGCUACAGGAGGCAGGUCCAGGAGCCGCGACUGAAGAGGUCCGCCGCCACCGACACUGGCCGCUGUUGUCACCGUUUGACGCCCCCGGAUGACGCCGGCACCCCCCCCCCUUACCCCCUCCCCAGCGCCGCCCAUAUCCCCCCCCCCGCUUCUGAAGCGUGUGCGCUCAGAGGCCGGCCACGAGCCCUGCAGAAUAUCAGCUGUCUAUGAUCUGGCUGGUGGUGUAAUUUGCAUGACUGAGGAGUUCAGCUCACGGUAGGGGUUUGUGGCAUUCCAUAUUUCAUCUGAGAUCGUGACGUCGGUGCAUGAACGUCAGAAAUACACGUUCAGCGAUUUU